UGGAUCAUUGCUGCUUUGACACUACCAAAUCAACACUGGGACAUUUGUCUUAGGUACCUGCCCUUCUGUUGGCCCAAGCCUGGCAUUUGUACAUAUUUUAUUCUUUCAGCUAUCAAUGGCUAUGUGCCUGAGAGCAUACCCACUCUCGGCUUCUGCUUUGAUGACACUGUCCAGUGGCAUUUCUGCAGUGUGGGGACCCAGGAUGACUUUUUGACCAUUCACUUCACGGGGCACUCAUUCAUCUAUGGAAAGAGGCAUGAAGACACCUUGACCCUCUUCCCCAUGCGUGGAGAAUCUGUGACUGUCACAAUGGAUAAUGUUGGAACAUGGAUGUUAACUACCAUGAAUGCCGAUCCAAGAAGCAAGAACCUCAGGCUGAAAUUCCGAGAUGUUAAAUGUAUCCUAGAUGAUGGUGAUAACUCAUAUGAGAUUUAUGAACCUCCGUCCUUUACACCCAUGGAGACACGGAAAAUGCAUGAUUUUCCAGAUUAUGAAGAUGAAGAGACUAAGAUCGAGGAUUAUUACCAGUACAUGUUGGCUUCAGAAUUCGGAAUUAGGUCAUUCAGAAACUCAUCAUUGAGUCAAGAGGAAGACCAGUUCAAUCUUACUGCCCUAGCUCUGGAGAGCAGCUCUGAAUCCAUUUCCCCAAGCACAGAUACAGUUAUUGGUUCAAAUUCUUCUUCCUCAAGUAAUACUAGUAGUUUCACUGACAAUAACCUCCCAGAACCUCAGAAAACUCUACCUUACCCAAAAGUCACCACAACUGGGUCCCCAGAGGGACAUGUUUUUGGCUUAGAUCAUUCCACAGCAGAACAUUCCAGGCCUUAUUUUGAAGACCCUAGUGAAGAUCCUCUAAAAUCUUCUGAUGUCACAGGAGUAAGACUACUUCCACACGGGACAAGAGGAUUCAGACAUCAAGAACAUGCUAAACAGAAGGGACGCAAAGCAGAAAGGGAGCGAGCAGCAAGGCAGAAGUUCUCUUGGAUGAAAUUAUCAGCACAUAAAACUGGGAGGCAUGUCAGCCACAACAGUGAUUCUCCUCCCCCCAGGAAGGGGCCCUGGAAGGACCUGCCUAGUGACCUGUUACUCUUAAAAGAAAAUAACCCAUCGAAGAUUUUGAAUGGAAAAUGGCAUUUGGUUUCUGAGAAAGGUAGCUAUGAUAUAAUCCAAGAUACCGAUGAAGACAUGGGUGUAAAUAAGCCGCCAACCGGCACCCAGAAUGCCUCCAGUUCUUGGGUUUCAGAAAGCACCCCCCUUAUAAACAAACCUGGAAAUCAGAGUGGCCACCCACAGUUCUUUAGAGUCAGACAUAAAUAUCUACAUGUAAGACAAGAUAGAGGAAAUAGUGGAAUAAAGAAAAGUUCAUUUUUGAUUAGGACUCGAAAAAAGAAAAAGGAAGAGAAACACCUGGGCACCAUCUCUCCAGACCUCAGCCAAUCAACCUUCUCCCUAGACCUGGGUACCCUCUCUCCAGAACCCAGCCAAUCAUCCCUCUCCCCAGACCUGGGUCAGAUGACCUCUCCAAUAGACCCUGGCCAGAUGACACUGUCUCCAGAACUCACUCAGACAAGCUCUUCCACAGACUUCAAUCAAAUGCCCUUUUCUCCAGACCUCAGCCACGUAACACUUUCUCCAGAUCUCAGUCAGACUACCCCCUUCUCAGAUGUCAGCCAAAUGACCCUUUCUCCAGACCCCAGUCAGCCAAACAUUUCCCCACAUUUCAGUCAGGUGUCCCUUCUCCCAGACCGUGACCAGGUGACACUCUCUGAGGAUAUCAGUCAGACAACCUUUCCUUCUGAUCUCAGGCAGACAUUGCCUUCUCUAGACCUUGAUCACACACUCUACCCUUCUGAUUCUGCGUCACUGCCUCUCCCAGAACUUAAUGAGACUUUUCCUUAUCUAGACCUUGAUCAGAUGUCAUCUCCUAUUCUCAAUGACACUUUUAUAACAGAGGAAUUUAAUCCCCUGGUCGUAGUAGGCCUCGGUAGAGAUGAUGGAGAUUACAUUGAGAUUAUUCCAAGGCAGGAGGAGCAGAGCGCUGAAGACGACUAUGUUGAAAUUGAUUAUGUGGCCUACAGUGAUCCCUACCAAACUGAUAUUAGGACAGAUAUCAACUCCUCCAGAAAUCCAGACAGCAUUGCAGCAUGGUACCUCCGCAGCAACAAUGGGAACAGAAAAAAUUAUUUUAUUGCUGCAGAAGAAGUAUACUGGGAUUAUUCAAAAUUUGCACAAAGCGAGAUGGAUCAGGAAGACACUGACGAUAUUCCAGAGGGUACCAUAUACAAGAAAGUGGUUUUUCGAAAGUAUCUUGAUAGCACUUUCACCAAACGUGAUCCUCGGGGGGAGUAUGAAGAGCAUCUUGGCAUUCUUGGUCCUGUUAUUAGAGCCGAAGUGGAUGACGUUAUCCAAGUAAGUCAUCUUUAG